AUAUUGGCGGCUUUUUACCGCGUGCGGUAGGAUCGGUCGGUCGAAACAAACCCUUUCGAAGAGAAAAAGGAACAACGAGGAAGGAGGAGGAGAGAUCGAAGAAGAGCUUCCCCAAUUUCCUCCAAUAAUUCUCUCCACCAUAUCGAUCUAGCGACGUAAGGAGAGCGGAAAGAGAACAGAUCGAAGUUCCUCAAGAUGAGCUUUCUCUUCGGCAAGAAGAAAACCCCCGCAGAGCUGCUGAGGGAGAAUAAGAGAAUGUUGGAUAGAUCAAUAAGGGAAAUCGAAAGGGAGAGGCAAGGACUGCAGACCCAAGAGAAAAAGCUUAUCGCAGAGAUCAAGAAAACAGCCAAGCAAGGGCAAAUGGGAGCUGUAAAAGUAAUGGCCAAAGAUCUUAUUCGAACAAGACAUCAGAUCACAAAGUUUUAUGCACUCAAAUCACAGCUUCAAGGUGUAUCUCUUAGAAUUCAGACAUUGAAAUCAACCCAAGCUAUGGGUGAGGCUAUGAAGGGUGUUACUAAGGCAAUGGGACAGAUGAACAGGCAGAUGAACCUACCAGGCUUGCAGAAGAUAAUGCAAGAAUUUGAGCGGCAAAAUGAGAGGAUGGAAAUGGUAAGCGAGGCGAUGGGAGAUGCUAUUGAUGAUGCCUUAGAGGGUGACGAGGAAGAAGAAGAAACAGAAGAUCUUGUGAACCAGGUCCUUGAUGAAAUUGGUAUCGACAUUAAUGCAGAGCUUGUCAAAGCACCGACAUCUGCGGUGGCUCAACCAGCGGCAGCUGACAGGGUUGCUCAAGCUGAAACAGCUGGGACUGAAGACGGUGGGAUAGACAGCGAACUACAGGCGAGAUUAGAUAAUCUACGAAAAAUGUAAAUAAUCUUAAUAGCAUGUGACCAAUGUGAGGAUGCAAUGGAUCACUGCACCAUGUAUUAUAGUGUGAUUUUGAGAAAUUUCAUCCAUACAAUAAAUUAUACUGUCAUACGGUGUUUUUAAGACAUCUAAUAGAUUCUUGCUUUUUA